UUGAGUGAUGCUCUUUAGCUUGAUACUUGACACUGUUUAGAGUGGAUAAUUUGGAUCAGCAAUGGCUACAGAAGAGCUGGCAAAGUCGAUGAGCCGAAGGACGAGUAUGAAUAGAUCAUCCGGCAGUUUAAGAUGGUCCUCAGCAAGUCUCCGGGAGGUGUUUGAUUCCCCAGGAGGAGAUUUAUUUCAGCAGAAUGGAAGAGAGGAUGAUGAGCAAGAUCUCAAGUGGGCCGCCAUCGAAAGGCUUCCCACAUAUGAUAGGUUAAGACAUGGAAUGGUAAAGCAAGUUCUUGAAGAUGGAAAUGUAGUUCAUCACACAAUGAAUGUGGCUACUUUGGGAGUGCAAGACAAGAAGAUCCUUCUGGAGAGUAUACUUAGAGUUGUUGAAGAGGAUAAUGAGAGGCUUCUACGUAGAAUUCGUGAUCGAACUGACAGGGUUGGAAUCAGUAUUCCCAAGGUUGAAGUGCGGUUUCAACACUUGUCAGUUGAAGCAGAUGCCUAUAUCGGAUCGAGGUCACUUCCAACGCUCCCAAAUGCCUUCUUAAAUACCAUAGAGGAUGUUCUUCGUAUGUUAAGACUUGCUCCAUCAAUGAGAAAGACAGUUGAAAUACUCCAUAAGGUGAAUGGAGUGGUAAAACCAUCAAGGUUGACACUUCUUUUGGGGCCUCCGGGGUCUGGAAAGACUACUUUCUUAAAGACCCUUGCAGGGGUUCUGGGAAAGGAUCUAAGGGUCACUGGACAAGUAAGUUAUUGCGGCCAUGACAUGUCAGAAUUCAUUCCACAGAGGACCUGUGCAUAUAUAGGGCAACAUGAUCUUCACCAUGGUGAAUUAACAGUAAGAGAGACAUUGGACUUCUCUGGACGUUGUCUGGGAGUUGGAACAAGAUAUGAUCUCCUGUCAGAACUGACAAGAAGAGAAAAAGAUGCAGGCAUCAAGCCAGAUGCAGAGAUAGAUGCUUUCAUGAAAGCCACGGCUAUGUCAGGCCAACACUCUAGUUUGGUCACUGAUUAUGUUCUCAAGAUACUGGGAUUGGACAUUUGUGCUGAUAUAAUGGUAGGAGAUGUGAUGAGAAGGGGCAUCUCUGGUGGGCAGAAGAAGCGUGUCACUACCGGGGAAAUGCUGGGUGGCCCUGCAAAGGUUUUUUUCAUGGAUGAUAUUUCAACAGGUCUAGACAGUUCUACCACUUAUCAAAUUGUCAAGUAUAUGAGGCAAAUGGUCCAUAUCAUGGAUGUAAGCAUGAUAAUAUCUCUUCUCCAGCCUGCACCUGAAACUUUUGAUCUUUUUGAUGACAUCAUACUCCUUUCAGAAGGUCAAAUUGUCUAUCAAGGUCCCCGAGAUAAUAUUCUUGAAUUCUUUGAAACUGUGGGAUUCAAAUGCCCUGAUAGAAAAGGAGUUGGGGACUUUCUUCAGGAGGUUACUUCAGAGAAAGAUCAAGAACAAUACUGGUACAAUAAGAAUGAACCAUACCACUAUGUUUCUGUUCCUGAAUUUGUCCACCAAUUUGGCUCGUUUCAUGUUGGCCAGAGAAUCACUGACGAUCUCUCGAUUCCUUAUGAUAGAGCUCAAACCCAUCCGGCUGCAUUAGUGAAAGAAAGAUAUGGUAUUUCCAACAUGGAACUCCUCAAGGCAUCCUUCUCAAGGGAAUGGUUAUUGAUGAAGCGCAACUCCUUCUUAUACAUAUUCAAGACCGUCCAGAUCACUAUCAUGUCAAUUAUUGCUUUUACAGUGUUCUUUAGAUCACAGAUGCCUAGUGGUCAAGCUGCAGAUGGAGGAAAGUUUUUUGGUGCACUUUUUUUCGGUCUCACCAAUGUGAUGUUCAAUGGGGCAGCAGAGCUAGGACUUACACUGAUGAGACUUCCUGUCUUCUUUAAGCAAAGAGAUUCAUUGUUUUUUCCAGCAUGGGCGUUUGCAAUACCAAUAUGUGUCCUUAGAAUACCUAUAUCAGUUAUGGAGUCAUUGAUAUGGACAAUUCUAACAUAUUACACAAUGGGUUUUGCUCCAGAUGCUACUCGGUUCCUGUGCCAAUUGUUGGCGUAUGUUGGCAUAAAUCAAAUGGCUUUGUCUCUCUUCCGUUUCAUUGCAGCGGUUUCAAGGAUACAGGUUGUUUCAAGUUCACUUGGUACUUUUGCGUUGCUAUUGGUCUUACUCCUUGGUGGAUUUAUAGUCGCAAAAGAUGACAUAGUAUCUUGGCUGAAAUGGGGCUAUUAUAUUUCUCCAUUGAUGUAUGGGCAGAAUGCCAUAGCUGUCAAUGAAUUUCUUGAUGAGAGAUGGAAUGGUCCCAAUACAGACACAAGGAUAGAUCAACCAACCAUCGGAAAGGUUCUUCUGGCAAGCAGAGGGAUGUUUCUGGAUGGAUAUAUGUACUGGAUAUGUGUAUUUGCAUUAUUUGCCUAUUCAAUCGUCUUAAACAUCCUCUUUAUCCUGGCACUGACAUACCUAAACCCCUUUGGAAGUUCCAAGUCUGUCGUUAAUGAUGAUGCUAACAGUAAGAAAAAGAACAAGUUCUCCUCCAACUUAAAGGUGUCUGCUGACCAGAACUCAGCAUCCAAUGCUCCUUUGCAUAAAGGUAUAGAUAUGGCAGUAAGGAACACUCCACAUCGCACCAAUUUUGGCGUUGAAAAAGACAACAAAAGAGGAAUGGUGCUUCCUUUCAAGCCCCUCUCACUUGCAUUUGAACAUGUAAAUUACUAUGUUGAUAUGCCCCCUGAAAUGAAGAGUCAAGGAAUUCUAGAGCAUCGUCUCCAAUUGCUACGAGAUGUGAGUGGUGCUUUCAGGCCUGGUGUUUUGACAGCAUUAGUUGGUGUGAGUGGUGCUGGAAAGACCACAUUGAUGGAUGUGUUGGCAGGAAGAAAAACUGGAGGGUACAUUGAAGGAAGUAUUAGCAUUUCAGGUUAUCCAAAGAACCAAGCAACUUUUGCCCGCGUCAGUGGUUAUUGUGAACAGAACGACAUUCAUUCUCCACAUGUUACCAUCCAUGAAUCUCUUGUGUACUCAGCAUGGUUACGCCUUGGUCCAGAUGUGUCGAAUGAAAUACAAAAGAUGUUUGUUGAGGAAAUAAUGGAGUUAGUUGAGUUAAAUGGGCUGAGAAACGCGCUAGUUGGACUCCCAGGAGUAAAUGGUCUAUCAACUGAACAAAGAAAGAGGCUUACUAUUGCAGUAGAAUUGGUUGCUAAUCCCUCGAUCAUUUUUUUGGAUGAGCCAACAUCAGGCUUAGAUGCUAGAGCAGCGGCAAUUGUCAUGAGAACUGUGAGGAACACAGUGGAUACAGGGAGAACUGUUGUGUGUACAAUUCAUCAGCCAAGCAUAGAUAUUUUUGAAGCUUUUGACGAGCUUCUGUUGAUGAAAAGAGGAGGCCAAGUUAUUUAUGCUGGAGCUCUCGGACAACAGUCUCAUAUGCUCGUAAAAUAUUUUGAAUCAGUUUCAGGAAUUCCCAAAUGUAAAGACGGUCAAAAUCCAGCAACAUGGAUGCUGGAUGUCAGCUCUGCAGCUGUGGAGUCCCAGCUUGAUAUUGACUUUGCAGAAAUUUAUGAAAAAUCUGAUCUGUACAGGAGCAAUAUAAAACUCAUUAAAGAACUAAGCAAUCAAGCACAAGGCUCUGAGGACUUGCAUUUUCCGACCCAAUAUGCACAACCCUUUUUUACUCAAUGUAAGGCUUGCUUAUGGAAGCAGCACUGGUCAGACUGGAGGCAUCCAGAGUACAAUGCUAUCCGCUUCCUGAUGUCAACAGGAUUUGGUAUAAUAUUUGGAUUAAUUUUUUGGGGACAAGGGCAAAAUAUCCAAAAAGAACAAGACCUCUUAAAUCUGCUAGGAGCUAUGUAUUCUUCUAUUUUGUUUCUUGGGGGAACAAGUGUGGGGGCUGUACAGUCUGUUGUUGCAGUCGAAAGAACAGUUUUCUAUCGCGAAAGAGCAGCAGGGAUGUAUUCAGCACUGCCAUAUGCAUUUGCUCAGGUGGCUAUCGAGGUUGUUUAUGUUUUCAUCCAGACAUUCAUCUAUAGCCUUCUACUGUUUACUAUGAUUGGAUUCCCCCUGCAAAUCGAAAAGUUUCUUUUCUUCUUCUUUUUUGUGUGCAUGUGUUUUGUUUAUUUCACAUUGUACGGAAUGAUGCUUGUUGCCCUCACUCCAAACUUCCAAGUUGCUGCUAUUACCAUGUCAUUCUUCCUCGGUUUAUGGAACUUGUUCUCCGGCUUCCUCAUCCCUAGGACUCAAAUACCAAUCUGGUGGAGAUGGUACUACUGGGGCUCCCCGAUCGCAUGGACAAUCUAUGGCUUGAUCACAUCUCAGCUUGGUGAGAGUAAGGACCUUGUCGUGAGAUUUGAAGAAGAUAGUGUAUCAGUAAAAGAUUAUCUGAAAGAUGUUUUAGGAUACGAAUCUGAUUUCCUCGGGUAUGUUGUUUUAGCACAUAUUGGUUGGGCAGUUCUUUUCGCCUUUGUUUUUGCUUAUGGCAUUAAGUUUCUGAAUUUCCAAAGGAGAUAAAUGACAGUAUUCAGUACUUUUACCUAGUUA